UGGAAACCCCCCAAUUUCGCUUCAUUCCCAACUUGCAGAACCGACCGAGUCCGUCCCCGCCGGUUUGCGUCCCGAUGGAUUAUGACGAUUGUGCCGAACUAUAACCAUGCCGUUCCUGCGACGACGCGGCAAUAUGGCCAGCGAGAGCGACAUGCGGCGCCAUUCGCUCUUUGACGCUCUCGCUGCGCCCGCCCCAAAGCAGCCGCCCUUCAGCUCGGGGUCCACCACCGAGCUGCCUGCUCUGGCUUCGGUAGCAGAGAACUCGUCGCCUUCGGGCAUCUCGCCUCCUUUGGGCGACCUGCCUCGAGAUAGCAUCUCCGUAGACUCUACCCACGGCAAUCCCUCGAUAGUCGAGCCCUCAGAUGGGCCCGCGUCCCUGACCGGCUCGGAUUACUCCCAGAAGCACCGGCGCUUCUCGAUGCUGAGGUUUCGUAACGCCUCGGAUUCCCAGCUGGCUGCGAAGGCGAAGCUCCAUGCAGCUACAGAAAAGCCCCCGCCAGUACCUCGCCCCCCAACAAUCAUCACCACCGCCCCAACCUUCUCGAACCCCGCCCCCCCCAGAAAGAAGUCGUCUCGAAUGAACUUUGGACGACUAGGCAGGUCGGCUGAAAUACCCAGGACGGAGGAGGGCAACGAACCGAGCAACUCGAAUCCAGGCCGUGGGCGUGUCCACAUGGUUCCUGAACAUGGUGUAUCGUUCGACGAAAGCAAUCGUCCCUCGUCGUCGUCGCACGCCCCUGGGUCUCCUCCAUACGGUGAUGAUCAUCCCGCGGCAUCGGCACCGGGCCCCAAUAGGCUGUCCGAGUCCUCGCGAUCGGAUGCUAGCUUGGGGGAUAGAGCCCAUGGGAGCACCGCCGCAACCACCCACACAGCUCACGCAACAACCACGUUCUUUAGGCUUCCGCGCAGAAAGCCAAAGCAACCUACGCCGUUGUUCCCGAUCGCUCACCUUCAAAAGACCAAGCCGCCGCCCGCGGAAAACUCGAAUGUCUCUAAUUCGUCCUCCGCUGCAUCGAUACCCGCCUCUGCGGACCGCCCCAGCUCCGAUGCGUCACGGGACAGUCAGUCCACCCCGAUACCGUCAAGGACGCCGUCAAGAAACGGUGUAACAACUCCACCUCCCGAGAAGCAAGGCACUACAACAUUGGGUAGGCCCGCGUCCCCGGCCACCGCCCUUUUCCGGCCCAGUUCUAGACAGUCUGGGCAGUCCUCGCCGAGCAGGAGCCAUAUAAAUAGGAGGGGUAGGUCCUCGACCAUGAGCUCUAUGGGAAGGAAUUCCCCCCGAGAUUCCGUCGAUGACCACCUGGCACCGCCGACCACGAGAACCUCGAUAUCAACAGGUCGAAAGAGCUUCACCGACCUUCUCGGUCUCAGCCGGCUACGGCACAACACGGACAUGAUGCCGUCCCGCCAAGGGACAAUAACCCCUGUGACGCCGGGCUCCAGCACCUCCAAAAACAACUCCCUUCAAAUCCCCCGUGGGUCCGUCAGCCUCCCAGAGCGCCGGGAUGAUGACACGCCCGCGAAGUACCUCGAGCGACUUGUAGGAGUCGUCAAUCGGAGUGUGGUGGCUGCGGCUCUUUCCAAGAGCGCCGACCCGUUUUUCCAGUCCGUUCUCCGGAGCUAUAUGCGCAGUUUUCGGUUCUUUGGCGACCCGAUGGACAUGGCACUAAGAAAGCUUCUGAUGGAAGCGGAACUGCCGAAAGAGACGCAGCAAAUCGAUCGCUUCUUGCAGGCGUUUGCGAACCGAUAUCACGAGUGCAACCCUGGGAUAUACUCGUCCCCGGACCAAGCGUACUUUAUUGCUUUCUCUCUUCUCAUCCUCCACACUGACGUGUUCAACAAGAACAACAAGCACAAAAUGCAGAAGUCGGACUAUCUGAAAAACACUCGUGGAGAAGGCAUAUUCGAGGAAAUCCUCGAAGUCUUCUACGACAACAUAACCUACACCCCUUUCAUCCAUGUCGAGGACGAUCCGGAUGUCAACGGUGACCGAAACGUCGCGCAGAAGGUCCGCAAGAAGUCGAAAUUCCCCCAUGGCGCCCCGGAUCCCGCAAAGAGAGUCGCCAAGGAGCCGGUCGACCCGUAUACGCUCAUUAUCGACAACAAAUUGGACCUGCUCAGGCCCAACCUGAAGGAUGUGAUGCAGCUGGAUGACCCGUACGGCUAUCUCGGGACUGCCAAGUCGCUCAACAUGAAGGAACUCCAGCGGACCUUUUUCAAAACGGGUGUUUUGCAGAUAGUCUCGGCGAGAUCCCGCCCCGAUGCGUUCAUGACGGAGAAGACAGCCACGAACCCGGAUGCGGCCCAUCCUGGCAUUGUGGACAUCAAAAUCACCAAGGUCGGCUUGCUGUGGCGGAAGGACGCCAAAAAGAAGAAGACGAGGUCACCAUGGCAGGAAUGGGGUGCCAUACUCACUGGUGCUCAGCUGUACUUCUUCCGCAACACCAACUGGGUCAAACAGUUGAUGCACCAGCAGAAAGAUCACCUUAAGAAGGGACAUGACGGCGACCCGUGCAUUUUCAAGCCCCCGUUGGAACAAUUCAAGCCCGAUGCUUUGAUGUCCACCGACGGCGCCGUCGCCUUGCAGGAUUCGAGCUACAACAAGCACAAACACGCAUUUGUGUACGUCAGACACGGCGGAUUCGAGGAGGUCUUUUUGGCAGAGGACGAAGACGAGAUGAACGAUUGGCUCGCCAAGCUCAAUUACGCCGCCGCCUUCAGGACUUCGGGGGUCCGGAUGCGCGGCGUCAUAGGGGGCAACUACGACGGGCAGAGCCGGCGUGCAAUCCGGGGUUCGAGCAGCGGCAAUGUCCAAGUGAUUCAGACCCCGUCGGGCGUCGUGACGGUCACCCGUAGUCGGAUUGACCACCAACUGGCUCAAGACAUCUUGGCUGCCCGGCGGGACUUCAUGCGCCGAAAGAUUCAGGACGCUAACGAGAAGCUGAAGGAGGCCGAGGCAACGCUCGAAUCCCAACUCCGCAACGCGAGGCAUCUCCAGAUUCUCGCGCCGAUAUCGCCAAAGACCCGGGAGAAUAUGCUGCUCUCGGCGGCGCGGAUGGCGGCUCAGCUCAAGUGGACACGGAUGGAGAUAUGGAAGCUGAAGUGCCAUCGCGACGUUCUGCAACUGGAUAUGGAGGAAGAGCGCCAACUUCUCGGCCUUCCCCCGGACACUGGCACCGACACUGUGGCCAGGCCUCUCACCAGGGAGGAGUGCAAGACCUGCCAGAUGUCGCCCUGCCAAUGCCAACGGCGUCCGCGGUCCCCAGAACGCGCCUCCCUUACUAGAUCCUCCACCGUCGCCACGACGUCGGAUGCUGAGUCUUCUCAAGAGGCGGAGCUCUUCCAAACACCACCCACUAGUGCGACAGUCAGCCAGGAGGAUUCGUGGAGCUCGAGCGGGGCGGCCGAUCACCAUGGCCCUAGAAAGGCGUCGGUCUCCACAGCAGUUGGGCCCGAGACGUCCGUUUCGGGGACGCCAACAACGGGAGAUGAUGCCGGCCCGUCCGCCGCAUCUCCUGAAAAGCGCGAAUACGAGCAUCCAGAUGACGUAGAUGCGGACGAGCGGGACCUCCUGGAACAAGCAGGGCUGCUCGAACCGGAGAUAUCACGUACCUCGGACCACAAACCCAGCAACGGCGGCGCGGACGGCGAGGAGACUCCUGAGCGGCGCGAGCGCUCCUCGAGCGGCACCCCAGCGGACCGGGGUGAAAGAAGCAAAAUCCGCCGCAGUCUCCAGCGCACGCUGAGGGAGAGCGCCGGUCACAUCUCGCAUCACCGGCACCGCAGAGCCAAGGACUCGACAUCAAAUGCCACGCUAUCUGAUGAUGCAAACCGUGAAUCUUCCGACGUCCUACCGCGCGGAACCGGGCCGUUUGUGGUUCACGGCAAGAAGGCGUCGGUGAUAACGUUCGGCAACGAGCUCCAAAUGCAGAGCCUGGCGGCCGACGAGCGUAUCCGCCAGCGCCUACAUCGGGAUGAUUCAUCGAGCAGUCGCACGGGUCCUGUGGAGAGCACCGACUUUCAGUCAAUUCUGUCCUCGCGUUCCAAUCAAGAGCGCGAUCACCGCAGGUCAGCUGCCAGCGCGAGCGCUGCCACGGCGAAGAGUUUCAGGGAUUUACAUAGGAGAUUCUCGUCUGCCCAAGCCGCCAGCAGAGGCACCACGGGCGGCAACCUCGCCUUGCCGUCGGACGAGGACAGUGAUGCGGCCAUCAGCUUCUCUGACGGGAGUCGCACUCCGUUGCCUCCCAUUGACGGCGAGGAGGAACAAGAACGGGGACGGCAACUCAGGGAUGGUGAACUAGAUGGCGUUGAGGACCCCGAACCCAGCUCACCGCCCAGUCGCGAGGGUCGCAACACGGUGUUCUUCACUCCCGAGCCGCCUUCGUCGCCGGUUACCGAGACCUCGAAAGAGGCGGAGGAGGAGGAGAAAGAGAUCGCCGAGGGCGGCGAUCGGCUACCGAGUCCACCGUUGCAGGCAGUCAGUGCCUGAAAAACCGCUUCCGUCAAGCACCAUAACCUGUCUGCCCUGAUAAACAGUCCUCCAAACGGCAGGACGGACGGCAAAGACAGCACCAGCAGCUCACACUCACACGCACGUACAAACACACACGCGCGCGCGCACGCACAUUUUUUUUUUUUUUUUUUUAUUC